AUGAAUUCCGUCACCAGGCGCAUCGCGUUGCACGCCUUGCGGAGGUCUCGCAAUCCGGUAUUGUCACCAUAUUUACGACGAUGCAACUCAACAUUUGAACAAAGACAAUGGUCGACGCCCUUAGCACGUAUAUUGGCCAGUGCUAUGAAGGUCACAGGUCCUAUUCCCAUCUCAGCCUUUAUGCGCCAAGUUUUGACCUCACCGGAAGGAGGAUACUACACCACCCAAGAAGGCGGAGCUGUUUUUGGUAAACAUGGUGAUUUCGUCACUUCGCCCGAGAUCUCACAAGUGUUCGGCGAGUUGAUUGGUAUCUGGACAAUUGCGGAAUGGAUGGCACAGGGCCGGACGAAAAGUGGUGUGCAACUGAUGGAGGUCGGCCCGGGCAAGGGGACUUUAAUGGAUGAUAUGCUGCGGACAUUCCGGAAUUUCAAGAGCUUCUCUUCCAGCGUUGAAGCUAUAUACCUCGUUGAAGCUAGUCCGACAUUGCGACAGCUUCAGAAAACAACCCUUUGCGGCAAAGAGGCGGUCAUGGAAGAAACGGAUAUUGGUCACCGGAGUGUGUGCAAAUACUUUGAUGUACCCAUCAUCUGGGUCGAGGACAUUCGCUUGUUGCCACACGAGGAAGGAAAGACCCCCUUCAUCUUCGCACAUGAAUUCUUCGACGCGCUUCCUGUCCAUGCCUUUGAAUCUGUCCCCCCAUCUCCCGAGAACGAACCUCAGCAGACGGAGAUCAUGACUCCUACCGGGCCGCAGAAGCUACAUGAACCAUUGAAGGUUGCUAACACUCCUCAGUGGCGAGAGCUCCUUGUCACCUUGAAUCCCAAGGCCGUUGAAGAAAACAUCGAGGGCGAACCCGAAUUCAAAUUGACCAAGGCGAAGGCCUCGACCCCUAAUUCCCUCGUCAUCCCCGAAGCCUCCGACCGCUACCGGGCGCUCAAAUCACAGCCGGGCUCGAUGAUUGAAGUCAGCCCAGAGAGUCGCAUCUAUGCCGCAGACUUCGCCCGUCGUAUCGGUGGUGACGGUGCUCCUCGGUCUGGGAAGGCUGAUGUCCAAGAACCAGUUAAGAAGACCCCUUCAGGAGCAGCCUUGAUCAUGGACUACGGGACUGCAUCCACCAUUCCGAUAAACUCUCUACGUGGUAUUCAAAACCAUGAAAUUGUCCCGUUCCUAUCGUCGCCGGGUCAGGUUGACGUCAGUGCGGACGUUGACUUCACUGCUCUUGCCGAAGCAGCUCUAGAAGGAAGUGAGGGCGUUGAGGUUCACGGCCCUGUGGAUCAGGGCGACUUUCUUUCAGCGUUGGGAAUUGAAGAGCGUAUGCAACAGCUUCUUCGGAAGGUCAAGGACGAAGAGCACAGAAAGACUUUGGAAACUGGCUGGAAGAGAUUGAUUGAGAAGGGCGGUGGCUCUAUGGGCCAGAUCUAUAAGGUUAUGACCAUUGUUCCGGAGAACGAUGGCCAGAGACGUCCUGUUGGAUUUGGAGGGGGUAUUGGAAUGCCUUGA